AUGAGGUGUCUAGAGUGUGGGAACAAAGCAAAGAAGGAUUGUUUGUAUUAUAGGUGUAGAAGUUGUUGUAGAGGACGUGAAUUUGAAUGUCAAACUCAUGUGAAGAGCACUUGGGUUCCCAUUUCUACCCGUCAAGUUGUGAGGAACUCGGUGGCAGCCAUGGCGGCUGCCUCUUCCGCGGCAGCUGGUCCAUCUCAUCAUGAUCGUCAUCAACAAGAAGAACAACAACUAUUGGAUCCUCAAUCAUCGUUUGGGUUUGGAGGACAGUUUCCGACCGAGGUAAGUAGUGAAGCUACAUUUACAUGUGUACGAGUUACAACAAGUUUAGAAGAAAAUGCAAGUGUAGAAGAGUACGCAUAUGAGACUUCGAUAAAUAUAAGAGGGCAUGUGUUUAAGGGUAUACUAUACGAUCAAGGACCAAAUCAACCGAUGGUGAAUUCUAGUGUGAUGAUUGUACAUGAUGGGGAUCGACAUCCCUCCACAAACAUUGACUCUAACUUUCAACAGGUUAAUAAUCCCUAG